CGAUCCUAGGCUAGAUCCUCAUCAAACAUCAAUAUUUUUGCGAAGAAAGGAGAAGAGAGAGGGAGAAGACCGUGUCUUAGUGACAGUACAGCUUCCAUUCACGAUGUCGGCCAUGGAUAGACCUACCCAUGCUUUGCCGGAAAACCAUGCUCAUGACCCUAGCUCGUACGUGCCCCCAAAGCAGGAUCCGCAAGUUGUGAAGGUGCUGAAUCUGCUUCGCCCUAAAGUCCCAGCUUUCGAUAGGCGAUUCCCGCAGGUCAACGCAACGCGGGCUUGCUGGGCCAACUACACCGACUUCCACAGGUGUACAAAAAAGCUGGGAGAGGGAGCAGAUACGUGCAAGUGGUACGAAGAACAGUACAAGUUCAUGUGCCCUACUGAGUGGGUGGAGCGGUUCGAUGAGCAGCGGGAAGAGGGGCGAUUUCCACUGAAGAUUUGACUGUGAAAACUGUGCAAGUGUGUCCUGUAGCAGCUGCAUUAUUGCUGUAUUGAACCUUGUCCUGCUGUUUGCUCCGGCAGUUGCUGCUGUACUAGCAUUAUUCACUGUGUAUGCUGCUGCACUGUCAGCUGUGCACUGCUGCUAUGUGAUAGUUUAUAACACGACUGUUCAUCACACAGUAGGCUUUUGAUUUGCCGUUACAUGCUAAUAUUAUACCAAUAUCUAAACUAAAGCAAACCGAUGCGGUGUCUGUUCUGAUGUUAGCUUUGUGUGUUGUACGCUAGAAUAAUAUUCUGAGAAGUA